CUCGCGAUCCUAACCUCGAGGGGGCCUCUUUCAGCUGAACUGUCUUCGUGCUGCACAGCUUCCUCUUUUGGGCAGGACUCUGAUCCAGACUGAGUGGAAGGCAGCGUCACUUUGCAAGGAAUCUUGCCCAGGGAUCUUCGCCCAGCGCUGACUUGCACAUUACCUCCUUCUCAACGGAGAGCGUUCCGGUUAAACUCUGUAAACGAGAGACCGGGACAUGGCAGCGAUCAUGGGGGGUAGCCGCUUGCUCCGGAUUGCCUUCAGUCGUUGCCCGCGACCCUCUGCAAGUGUCAACGAGAGGACCGCAGCCGGGAUGAAAGGUUCUCCCCGGGGCUUGGACCCGAACAAGAUCCGGACGUUUCACGCUACUUCCCCAGCACGGAACAUCAGCUCAUUCCUGCCGGAGUCCAGUUCUUUCCCUGGGGUAAAAUCUUACGCCGACCUGUUGGACUUCGCCAUCAGAGAUCCCGAAACCUUCUGGGGGACUCUGGCCAAGGAGAGACUCUUGUGGAACCGGCUCUUUCAGCGGGUUCACGAUUGUGAUUUUAGCAAAGGCUCGAUCGCCUGGUUCCUGGGAGGACAACUCAACGUGUCAGUGAAUUGCUUAGAUCGUCAUGCCAACCAGUACCCCAACAGAGUGGCUUUGAUCUGGGAGAGAGAUGAACCAGGCACAGAAAUAAGGAUUACUUACAGGGAACUUUUGGAGACCACGUGUCGACUGGCUAACACUUUGAAGCGUCAUGGGGUGCAGAAAGGGGACAGAGUCGCAAUCUAUCUCCCAGUAUCUCCUAUUGGUAUAGCUUCAAUGUUGGCUUGUGCUAGGAUUGGUGCCGUGCAUACAGUAGUCUUUGCAGGUUUUAGCAGCCAUGCACUGAGUGAAAGGAUCUCUGAUGCCCAAUGCAAGGCUGUUAUCACCUGCAAUCAAGGAGUACGUGGUGGUCGUGUUAUUGAGCUGAAGAAGAUGGUGGAUGAGGCAGUAAAGUCAUGUCCCACAGUAAAAUGCAUCUUUGUGGCACAGAGAACAGACGGCAAAGUUCCAAUGAGCAAUAUCGAUAUACCGCUUGAAGAAGAGAUGGAGAAAGAGGAGCCGGUGUGUGAACCUGUGUCCAUGGACAGUGAGGACCUGCUCUUCUUGCUGUAUACUUCUGGAAGCACAGGAAAACCCAAGGGCCUAGUCCAUACACAAGCUGGCUAUCUGCUAUAUACAUCUAUUACCCACAAGUAUGUCUUUGAUUAUCAAGAAGGUGAUAUUUUUGGCUGUAUGGCAGACAUUGGCUGGAUUACAGGGCACAGUUAUGUGGCCUAUGGCCCACUCUGCAAUGGUGGCACGACUGUACUAUUUGAAAGCACUCCUAUCUACCCAAAUCCAGGUAGAUACUGGGAAACUGUGCAGCGGUUACAAAUCAAUCAGUUUUAUGGGGCUCCAACGGCCAUUCGUCUGCUGCUGAAAUAUGGAGACAGCUGGGUGUCCAAAUACGAUCGGUCAUCCUUGAAAACACUAGGCACAGUAGGGGAACCUAUUAACCACGAAGCCUGGGAGUGGUUCUGGAAGGUUGUGGGAGAUGGCCGAUGUACCCUUGUGGAUACCUGGUGGCAGACAGAAACGGGUGGUGUUUGCAUCUCUCCACGGCCUUCAGAGGAAGGAGCAAAGAUUUUGCCUUCUAUGGCUAUGAGACCAUUCUUUGGGAUACAGCUUGCUAUAAUGGAUGAGAAGGGGCGGAAGCUCUACUUCAGUAAACUCUUACUCAGCUCGUGAAGGGGAAUGUCUAUUUCUGUGAAGGUUACAUUAGAAGGCAUUAUGGUUGAAUAUUCGAGCCCCAACAACUUUGUACGUAGACAGUUCGGUCUGGCUUCCUGGCCAGAGCUAGUGAACUGAAAGUACUUGGUGACAUCAUGACCUUCAGUCAAUCAACUCUAAAAGAUCUGCACUCAGAAUGUAGAAAUCAAUAGUUGGGUAACAUUUUUUACCCAUUACUUGUUUCUCUAACUGGUCUAUCCUGAUAUUUAUACUUCUCAAGAGCUCCCUCCCACCAUAAUUCAUCAAAGUCUAUUAGCACAUCAUUCUUUUGC